UUUAUGAAAUGUUCGGAGAUGAAUGCUGUUUGUCAACAGGGGAAGUGAUUAAAAUUACUGACCUCAAAAUUAAGAAAAUCAUGGCUGAAAUUUGUGAGCAGGUUGAAGGUUGUGUGUCUCCAAAAUCAUUUGAACUGCCUAUGAAUUUUCCAGGUCUUUUUAAGAUUGUGGCUGAUACAACUCCAUACCUCACUAUGGAAGAGAUUACAAAAGCCAACCAUAUUAGACCAAGUAGACUGAAUCACCCUUGCUUCUAUCAUCAGAAGGAUAUAAAACUAGAGAAUCUCAUCAUAAAGCAAGGUGAGCGAAUCAUGCUCAACUCAGUGCAAGAGAUCAAUGGAGAAAUAAUGGUAAACUGUGGUGUGCUAAGGAAUCAUCAAAAGCACUCAUUUACUUUGCCUUUGUCACAAGAAGGAGAGUUCUAUGAGUGUGAAGAUGAACAUAUUUAUACCCUAAAGGAAAUUAUCCAAUGGAAGAUCCCCAAGAACAGAACACGAACUGUGAUACUUACAGGUUUUUCAGCUAAGUGGGACUCAACAAAUCCAUUCCCUAGAGGCUUUUAUGGAGCUGUGAUUCUCAAGCCUGUUUAUGAACUCCAAGGUGUGAUGAAAUUCCGAAAGGAUAUAGUCCGUAUCCUCCCCAGUUUAGAUGUUGAAGUCAAAGACAUUACCGACAGCUAUGAUGCCAACUGGUUUCUUCAGGUGUUAUCUACACAAGAUCUUUAUGAAAUGACCAAUAAAGAGUUCCCCAUAGUAGCUGAAGUCAUAGAAGCGCCCCAAGGAAACCAGCUACCCAUAAGCAUUUUACAGCCUGGGAAAACCAUUGUGAUCCACAAAAAGUGCCAGGCAUCAAAGAUCUUGGCUUCAGAAAUUAGAAGCAAUUCCCCUAAAAGACACUUCUUGAUCCCCACUAGCUAUAAAGGCAGAUUCAAGCGGCGACCUCGAGAGUUCCCAACUGCCUAUGACCUUGAGAUAGCAAAGAGUGAAAAGGAGCUUCUGCACGUGGUGGCCACCAAAGGCUUUCAUUCCCCCUUUGAGGAGCUGUCAUCUGUAUCUGUCGGGGAUGAGUUUCUAGUGCAUCACUCACACACAACUGAAGUCCUCUGUGAAGGAAUUAAAAAAGUGAUGGAUGUUCUGGCGUGUGAAAAAAUCCUCAAAAAUUCCCAUGAGGCAGCACUGCUGCCCUUGUACAUGGACGGAGGUUUUGUAGAGGUGAUCCAUGAUAAGAAACUGUACCAGAUUUCCGAGCUUUGUGCACAGUUCCGCCUGCCCUUCAAUGUGAAGGUGUCUGUGAGAGAUCUUUUUAUUGAAAGAGACAUUUUGGCUGCUACACCAGGACUACAGUUGGAGGAAUCUAUCACUAACUCUUAUCUCCUCAUAAGUGACUUUGCCAACCCCAAGGAGUGCUGGGAAAUUCCUGUUGGCCGCGUGAAUAUGACUGUUCAGUUAGUUAAUAAUUUUUCUGGGGAUCCAGGACCAUUUCUAGUCAGUACUCUGGUCGAAGAGAUCACUGAAGAACAGUAUUACAUGAUACGGAGAUAUGAAAGCUCUUUCUUGCAUCCCCCACCUCGCCCUCCGAAGCAUCCCACAGUGGAGAAAAUAGAGUUAACUCCGCUGAGCUUAGCAAAAAAAAAGACAGUGAAUCUGCCCAAGUCUCCCAAGAGUGUCCACGUAGACAGAUCCAAGAAACUGCACUCAAAUCAAGCUGGUCUGGACUCAAAAGUACCAGCUGGUUGUCAAAAUGAUUUGGCUGAUCUGGAGAAACAGAAGAGAAAGACUGAGGCAACCGCAGUAACAGGUACCGAUGCAACCACAG